CUAGCUAAACAACGAGGGGCUGAGAAGAGGACAUGGGCAAUUGUCUCAAAUCGCCGACGUCGGACGAUAUAUCUUUGCUUCACGAGUCUGACAGAGGAAGUUAUGGGGACGCAGACGCGGAUUUGGAGCCACCUCCGCCUUACCAGGAGCAGGCGCACAUGCCAGUGUACCACCCCACCCCCAGCCAGGCCCGCCUGGCCACCCAGCUGACUGAGGAGGAGCAGGUCCGUAUCGCCCAGCGUAUCGGCCUCAUCCAGCAUCUUCCCCGGGGCGUCUAUGACGGAGGCCGGGACGGCUCCGAGAAAAAAAUCAGAGAGUGUGUGAUAUGUAUGAUGGACUUUGUGUACGGGGACCCCAUCCGGUUCCUGCCAUGUAUGCACAUUUACCACAUGGACUGUAUAGAUGACUGGCUGAUGAGGUCCUUCACCUGCCCCUCCUGCAUGGAGCCUGUGGAUGCUGCCCUGCUUUCCACCUACGAGACCAACUGACCCCUAAGACAACCCUACCCCAUUAUGAUGAGCUCCGCAAAGCUGCACCCCUAUACACACACACACACACACUACAACCAUCACAGACUUCUUACAGCGCCACCUCCACCAGCCCCAACAAAUACAUACACACGCUGCCCUCCUCCGCUUUUAACUUUGGGAUAACGAGUAGCAUGGUGUCUUGGUCGGUGAUGACAUAGAGAGAGAGAGACUAUGCGAACACUAGUGAUUAACAAUGAAAAGACUUUGACCCAUCCGCCCAUCACCUGGAACUGGCUCUGAACUGAACAGGCUGAGUCAUGGAGGACAUAGGAGGACAAGCAUGAAAAUAUGUUUGUGUGUCUGUGGUGGACUGGGUUCCUGAGCCAGCUGUUGAAUAAAGUAGGCCUGGAUUGGUGAUGUUAUGGUGGGGAGGAGGAGGGGGCUGUUACCGUAGCGAUGGCUCACUGCAGUUCCACUUGAGCAGGUCUCGGUGGUAUCCCAUCCCAGCAUUUUGUUCACCACGAUUAGUAGCUGAAAAUGGGAUUGGAUAAUUCUCUGUCGUCUGAAUUUGGCCACCAGGAGGUAUCCUAUCAGAUUCCUCUAAAAGCCACAGCUGGCAACACCAUGACAUGACUCAUCUGUCUUCUAAAGUCUCCAAAUCCUGCACUCUGAAUAUGGCUUAGUAAGGGUAAAAAAGCCCCAGGAAAGCCGGCAUGGUGGCGUAAUAAUCGGUAUCUCUCUAUGGACUGAAGCUUACCCUGUUUUAGUGUUACAGUUGCAAAGUAAAAUAAGUUACAGAGCAUAGUAUUCUUUAGGCUUACAACAAAGUAACUAUAGUAUGCACAUACACAGUGCAGAAAUCACCCAAAGUCCAUCCUUUAUUAGACUAUGUACUACAUGCAUUGGCUUUUGUUUUGCCAUUCAGAUUUACCAUUCGAAAUAGCUCCACUGCCAUUCCGAAUGGCCUAAAGAAGUGUAUGAGCUGUAUGUCAGUCACCCUGUGUAAGGUUCAUAUGUUUUACUUUUAGAGGAUUAACAUAGCUGUCAGCCAAUGUAAAGGGCUCGUUUGUGCAUGUGGUGGAGGAUCAGUCUAGAAGUUAGGAAUGCUUGCACACACAUUAAAUCUGAUCCCGAGAUUUGCACUUUACUUAUAGGACAUUAACGGAAGCAUUAUGUUAAUAUAUAUCUAUAUCUAUAACCUUGCACUUUUCAAUAUUAUUUAUUAUUUUUGCAGCACAGAAGUUAGGAUUGAUAUUGAUAAUGGUAUCAAUGCUACCAUUGGUCACUUAUCACAUUAAAGAAAAGCUCAAUAGCUGAAUAUAUAUUCAUGAA